AUGGCUAAAAGGAUAGCACUACAGGUGCCUGAGAGUUUGGCAUGUCCACUUUGUCUCGAUGCCUUCAAGGCCCCCACCCUCCUCGCCUGUGGACAUACAUUCUGCAAGGUCUGUCUGGACAAAUACGAUUCACAUCGCCGAGGUCAAGAUUUCAUGGAGUGUCCGGUUUGUAAGAAACGCACCAAACUGGACAAAAAUAGAGUCGCAGGACUUGCACCCAAUUUCUCUGUAAAAGGCCUCGAGGAAGAAUUACAUGUACAUCUUAAGGUCAAUGGAAAAUCAGAGUUCUGUUCCCUGCACAGUCAAGUCUACAAAGACAUUCUGUGUGCGGUUUGCAAGGAAUUCAUCUGUCUGACUUGUUUGUUUGAUAAACAUCAAGGUCACAUGUUUAAGAAGAAGGAAGAGUUGGAAGCAGAGUUGAAAAAGGAAAGAAAGUCUGUCAUUCUAAAAAGUGAGAAGAAGAAAGCACAGAUCAAAAAGUCUAUUACCAAUGCUGAGCAACAAAUGCAUCGUAUGUAUUCUGAUCUGGAUAAUCUAGAAGGAGAAGUUGAUGGAGCCUUUCGUGAAAAGUCAGAGAUUCUUCUAAGACACAAGGAAAGACUAUCAAAACAAAUCAAUGACAUCCGCACAAAAUCUGGCAAGGAAAUGACAGAUUUCAUUGGACGCCAGAAACACUCAUUGCAGAGUAUGAAUGUAAAGUGCACUCUUAUGGAACAAGAGGGCAAUGCAAGCACUAGUACUUGUAAGGUUUCAGACUCUGAUGCAUUAAAAAUGCUUUACAUGGAAUUCACAAGUAUGAAACAGGACUUGGAGAAAGACCUCAACGACCCGUCCAUAACGCAAGUAGUAAUUGGGAACACCCGGUUUUGCCCAUCUGAUUUGAAUGACAUUGACCUAGGUACUCUCCACCAUGACGCUAGCGAAAGCGAGGAUGUUUCUGACCUAGGUUCUAACAACCCGUUUUGGAGUCCGUAUUUUUUAGAUUCAGAUUCAGAUUAA